CAACCAAUCUCAUCGUCAAUUCAUUCAUCAUGGUCCUCACUCAAGACGUCGACUCAGUGGCCAAGUAUCAGGAGCUGAAAGACUCCCACCGCUUUCUGUUCGUCAUUUUUUAUCGAGGUCAUUGGUGCCCUUUCUGUCUUCACUACGUCAAAGAGCUUCAACGGUUACGUCACCUCAUUUUGAAGGCUGGAGGAGAGACCCUCAUCGUCACGGCAGAGCCAGCAGAGCAUCUUCCUGCCAUGCUAAAGAACACCAAGUAUGAUGGUCCUGUCACCGUGGAUCCAGAACUGCAGCUCGCUUCUUUCCUCAAAGGUCAAGGUACGAUUGAAGUCACAGUGUCUUCGAAGGCUGGCUAUCCGCACGGCAUGAACCAAUUGGCUGUAUUGAUCAUCACCAAGGAAGGUCUUGUGCUUGAGAAGUACGGGAAUCCCCGGCGUUGGUAAGUGUCGACCCCUGAGAAGAAUCUGACUCUGAUGCAGAGCAACGGAGAUGGUGCUUUUGGCAGGCCACACCUUGCACAGCUUCGGGCAAAUGCUCUAGCAGCCUUACAGAAUGAAUCUCGUCAAUACAAGGAAUAUGGCAAGGUCAAAUUGACGACGGGAAUUAGGACGAAAAUCAUGGGCUAGUUUUCGUCGAAUCUCUGAGAUUAGUCUGAAAUGCUGUUUGUAAUUUUUUUUGCCGUAUACGCUUCGCCACUAUGCGUCUUAUUGCAGCACUCGUGCUCAGUCUUAUCGC